AUGCAGUUCACCGAGGACGAGUUGGAGGUCGAACAAUCGCAAGAGCAAGAGCAGCAGCGUUAUCACCACCCCGGCGCUAUGGAGAGCACGUCUCCGCUCGCGCGCAUGGCCAGCAUGUCCAACAACAACCGCUUCUUCGGCAACACCCACUCCCGCCCUGGCAAGCAGCCCGUACGGUCCCGACCCAUCGCCACGCCGUCCGCAUCAUGUAGCAAUGUCCCGACAAUGCCCAUACCAAUUCCCACCAACCCGAAUGUGAUUCCGGGCAAUACCUUACCCUCGGCGCCCGCAAGCCCGCCCACCCCUGCCCCCUCCCCGACGCCGAUGAGCCGUGCGCCAGACUGGUCCAAGGCAGAUCCUCGCGAGGACAUUGGUCUGCUUGACCUCGACGACGGCGAUGAACAUUUUUCCGCUAGCGCGACAAGCUCAGCGCGUGGUUAUGGGUUCGGCUACAGGCACAUGCGUGGGGCUUUUGCGGACAUGGACAACGAGGAGCGGCAGCGCAUGCUAGCAGAAUUGCUCAACAUGUGUGACGGGAAAUUGCUAGGCUUUGUGGCCAACUUCGUUGGUCCGCGACUUAAGAGAGAUCCUUUCUCGGUCCUUCCCAACGAGCUCUGUCUCAGGAUCUUGACCUUUAUCGAAGAUGCAAGGACAUUAGCGCGAAGCUCUCAAGUUAGCAGGAGAUGGCGUGAGCUAGUCAGCGACGACAUGGCAUGGAAGAGCCUUUGUGAACGCCACGCAUAUCGGMGAAUGUCAGACGGACAGCAAUCAAGAUCGCAUCACCAUGGCAGCGGGACUGGUGGUGCUUCGUCGCAGCGGCCCCAGCAUCCAUACGGUUACUUUGCACAAGCACAGAGUCCGACGCUCAUGGCCGGCUUAUCCUCCAGCGCUCCAGAUCUCACACGCCACAUGGGGCUCACCACCACCCCGCCUUCGAUGACCCCAGCACAGCUUCGCUCUCCUUCUCGCUCGAAUUCUUCCCGCCAUGGUGGACACCGACCAAAGGCCAUAUCCUAUCGCUCGCAUUUCAAGCAACGUUACCAAGUUGAGACUGCCUGGCGCCACGGUGGUCACGUCGACACCCGCCAGAUAACCCCAGAUCAGGGCGUUGUAACCUCCCUCCACCUUACAUCCACUUACAUUAUCGUAGCAUUAGACAACGCGAAGAUCCACGUUUUCGAUACAUCAGGACGGCAUUUGCGUUGUUUGCAGGGACACGUCAUGGGUGUGUGGGCCAUGGUACCAUGUGGUGACACUCUGGUAUCGGGAGGCUGCGAUCGCGAUGUAAGAGUAUGGGAUCUGACCACAGGAAUGGCCGUGCAUAUGCUGCGGGGACAUACCAGUACAGUCCGCUGCCUCAAGAUGAGUGGAACUGGACUUGCGAUUUCAGGCAGCAGAGACACGACGUUGAGAGUGUGGGACGUGAAAAAGGGCGUUUGCAAGCACGUGCUUGUUGGACAUCAAGCCAGUGUCCGCUGUUUGGCGAUUCAUGGCGAUGUAUGUGUCAGUGGGAGUUAUGACACCACCGCCCGAGUUUGGAGCAUCAGCGAGGGCCGAUGCCUCAGAACUUUGCAGGGGCAUUUCUCACAAAUAUAUGCCAUUGCCUUUGAUGGGCGGAGAGUGGCAACUGGAAGCCUGGACACUUCUGUUCGAGUCUGGGACCCGCGCGACGGUCGAUGCCUAGCCCAACUCCAGGGACAUACAAGCUUAGUGGGCCAGCUUCAACUACGAGGCGACACUCUCGUCACCGGCGGGAGUGACGGCUCUGUUCGUGUUUGGAGUUUAAAGAGCAUGUCGGCAGUUCAUCGUUUGGCCGCGCACGAUAACUCCGUCACGAGCCUUCAAUUCGAUGAAUCGCGAAUCGUGUCUGGAGGUAGCGAUGGUCGAGUCAAGGUGUGGGAUCUGCGAACGGGCGUCCUGGUGCGCGAGCUGGGCGUUGUGGCAGAAGCAGUAUGGAGAGUUGUGUUUGAAGACGAAAAGGCUGUGGUGCUGGCCAGCAGAGGUGGCAAGACUGUGAUGGAAGUCUGGAGCUUCGCACCGCCUAGUGAAGAUGGUAGCGACGAGAUUGGACGAGUGUCCCACGUGAGCUCUCCAGGCCCCAGCAUCUACCACGAUGACCAUCGAUCUUCUUCCUACCGGUCACUGGACACCUCCAAUCUCGCGAAUCAGCUCGAUGAGGGUCACAACGCCGAGAGGCCGACGGUCUCCUCUUCAUUGCGGGUGGGAAGGACUCAUCGGGAGACCUCCGAGAUGCUCUUACUCGACCAAGGCGAUGCUGUCAUGGAGGAUGUCUUCGACCCUCUGAGGGGAUUCGGCGGCGCUGAACAUGACGAUGAGUCGGUGCGUGUUCAGAGUGGUUAG